AUGCUCCCAAGGCAGAUGGAAGAUUGGUUAGUUGCAUCUGGCCUGUCAUCUUUGCAGCAUACUAGUUUGGCCAGGGUAGAUACGCAUCUAUUAUAUGCUUUUGUUGAGAGAUGGCAUCCUGAAACAUCGUCAUUUCAUAUGCCGUUCGGCGAGAUGACCAUCACGUUAGAUGAUGUUUCAUGCCUUCUUCAUGUACCGGUUAGGGGCGAGCUGGUUGACCCCGGUGUUGUUGUCACCGAUUAUGAUGUUAUCCAUCUAGCUGUAGAGUUGUUUGGUGUUUCACUGAGUGAUGCAACUACAGAGGCUUCUGCUGUAAGGGGUCCUUACUAUAAAUUGGAUUGGUUGAAGCAAGUUUUUGUGCAACAAAGAGCUGCAAAUAACUUUACAGGCGCUAUGAGAGCAUACAUGAUGUUGCUAUUAGGUUGUACUAUUCUUGCCGACAAGACUUUUACUCUUGUCGAGGCAAAAUAUCUACCACUAUUGAGAGAUUUGAAUACUUGUGGAAGAUAUUGCUGGGGGGCAGCUGCACUGGUUACUCUGUACAGAUACUUAGGGGAUGCCUCAUUUUAUUCAUGCAAGCAGCUUGGCGGUUAUGCCUCUCUUCUUCAGUGUUGGAUUCAUGAGUACUUUCCAACUGUUGGAAAGAGAGGUACUUCUGGGUUAUGUGGCAUUGAUAGUCCGAUGGCUAGGGCGAUGAAAUGGGAAUAUAGGCAGGGGACGCAAAAAGUGGCUGACAUCCGAGCUGUGUUAGAUCAGUUGACUCCUCACGAUAUCGUCUGGCGCCCUUUUGAGGACCCUAGGAUGCACCGUCCUUUUGAUGAUAUCUGUUUGUACCGGGGUGGUUUGAAGUGGUAUGGUACUGUAGUUCUAUAUUUACCUGACAGAUGCAUGCGUCAGUUUGGAUACAGACAGUACAUACCGACUGCUCCUCCUAAUGUAGACACACUUGAUGUGGAUGUUGAGUGGGCUACAUAUAUGCAGAGUGUGUUGCAGGAUGAUCAGCCGAUGAAGGUACCAGUGCCUGUCUAUGACGAAGGACCGUCAGACCCGAGAUUAUCAUAUAUAUCUCAUGAGCUUCAUCAUUACUUACAGCGUCAUCAGGCUGUUCCUGAAGACGAACAGUUUCUGGAGAUAUUUAGAGCACUCAGACUUGCACAGGGCGGACCAUUACCUAGGGAAGGUCCAAUUACUUAUGACAAUGAGUCUGAUUGA